AUGCUCACGCGUUCAGACUCCGAUUUUUCUUCUCCGAAUCAUCAUCAGAAGGUGGUGGUUAGAGAGGAUGAAUCAUCGGCACUGAGUUCAGCGGCAUCAGCAGCAACAAGUGUAACCACUACCACAACAACAACAACAAAUACAGCAGGACAACAAUUAAAACAGCGUAACACACAAAAUAUUUCAUCAAAAUUAAUCAAGCCUGGUGCUUCUCGGAAAGGUCGAGGCUCUUCUGUGAUCCGAUCAAGAACCACGACAUCAUCAGUUACGGUCUCUAAUACAGAAUUGAAUAAUAAUAAUAAUACAACUACUGCUGAGAAUAUUAACAAUGUAAAUUCAAAUUCCGAUGAAAAUGUUCAAGCCAAUGAUGUAAUGCAACUUCAAAAUAAUAACAAUAAUGCACAGAUUUCAUCCUCUGUACAAAGUAAUUCCAGUAUGGGUGGAAAUUCUACGAGCACGAAUUCAAUGGGUGGAAAUAGUGUCAAUAGUACAAGCUUUAUGAGUGGUAUUGGUAUUGAAGGCUCCUCACCUCUCACUGCCAUGGUGACACCAACGCAUCACAACAGAGGUUUUUCAUUGCCUGGCCUCACAAAACAACAACAGAUGGAACUUUCACCACAGGCUUUUUCAAAACGUUCUGGAAGUAUAGCUACAAGUUCGAGCUCACCAAUCAAGCCUGCUUCUAGUAAACUAACUUCCAUGAUGCAAUCUCAUUAUGGGCUUGCCACAAGCCAAAAACCAACAUCCACAACAGCUGUCAAUAAUUAUAAUAAGAAUGGUAUCCUUGUGACACAAUUUUGUGAGCAAAAAGGACCGUCAUUUGUGUUUUGCACACAAAUGAUUAAUUACAUUCAACAUUUGAAUGAAACUGAGAAAUUUAUUGAUGAUCACAAACAACAGUAUUGUCAAAGAAUCAAUAGUACACGCUCUAUUUUUGAUGAUAAAAGUUCAACGGUGAUUGAUCCGUCACAUGAGCAACAAGGACGUGAUCAAUCAUCAUCAAUAAUGAAUGAACCAUCGAUUAGUACUACGAAUACUACCACCUUUAAUGAACCAGAGACUAUUCCAUCUUUAGCGUCAAAAGACUUGAUCAUACAUCUCCAACAAAAUAAUCCUAACUUAUUUGUGGCAGAAAAUUACUCUUCCACGCCCAAUUCUAAAACCGCAGACUCUACACAAGAUCACUUUCAACAAUUACUCAUGCUCUCCUCCAUCGAGCAUUUCACAAUGGACAAGGAUAAUGAUCGAAUAUUUGUGAGCUCACAUCAAGAAAAUUCCACAUUUUCUGCACAUUUCAAAUCUCUCGCCAUUCGAAGUACCUCAGCAGAAAUAUCUGUUGGCCAAGGACGAGAAGGUCCUGUACUAUUCGGUGACGAAAUUAACGGAUACAAUUUUGCAUAUAUUUUCAAAGUCAAGGACAGCAUGGCACGAGGAUUUGCUCGGUGGUUUGCCUUUGUCCUAAUGGAUCCUUCACUUUCACUUCUCUCUAUUAGUUGGCCUUUUCUCAAAACUGGAUUUGGAAAAAUUGUAAAACUCAUUCGUACACGAUCACAGCAAGUGUUUGUUGAGGAGAAGGAAAAACAAAAACGAUCUGGCUCCACCAAUGCCCUCAAUGAAGAAGGAAACAAUGUAGAAGAUCAUGGAUAUAAAUUUUUCCAUGCUGGAGGCCCACUUUCUGCAGAUUUAUUUCGACAAAAACGUUCCAAGGGACCAAUGCGAGAUUUACCCAUUCUGUUAAAUUACCCAAAUUUUUAUGCAGAUUUACAUUCUUGCUUUGCUGGAUUACUGCAAUCAUUCCAGAACAAAAUUUCAGAAGUUCAAAUUCCAAAUAUUCCCUAUGAAAAGAUUGACAUGCAAAAUUUUCAAGCACUGCAUAAAGUGUCCUCGUCUCAUCAAAUGCAACGAAUAGAGUCAUUUUCGAGCAUUGUGAGCGAAGUGAGCGAAUGGGACUAUUCAGGUGGUUUUCAUACUCUUUCUGAUUUUUCAAGACUCAUUUAUCAAUGUAUUUUAACAAAACUCUCUCUGGAUGGUAGUAAUAACAAUUUGGACAAUGUCACACAUGGGAUUGACUUGAUUGAUUCAGAUGACUUGAUGGAAGAGGCCUUUAAUCAAAGCGAAGAAAUAAUUCGUUCGAUCAUUUAUAAUGUAAUUAUUGGAAAUCAACUAGUUGUGAGAGGAGAUGAUGCACAAUUACGAAAUGAAAUCUGUUUGCUAUUUAAGAAAUUAGUGCCUCCACACUGCGCCAAGAUCAUUCUCGAUAGUGAAACGUACAAAUAUCCGUACGAUGCUAAUUUUUUAACCGUUCCAACUAGUGUACAUAUUUCUGAUAGUAUUGUAGAUUUUAAAUUUGUAAUUUUAAUCAAUGUGACGGGAUCGUUGGCAUCCUUAGAGAACAUUACCAUUCACACCGAAGAGGAGAGAAAAGAAACAACUCUAGGAAAAGAAUUUGAAUCUCUAUUCUUUCAAAAUUUUUAUCAACAAGUUCAACAACAACAUGCAUGCUUUAAUGUGACGUUGAGCAAUAUUUUAGAUAUGGAACAGCAUUUGAUACAGAGUUUGGUUCAUGAUUGGACAAGAAAGGCAAUAUUUUUCAUUUACUUUCAAAAGAAUAAGCUUCUCAAAGAAGGUCAUCAACAAGGGAAACGCCUUAACGUUCAUGAUCACUCCAUCCUGAAUGAACAUGCUAAUGAGAUUGACAUUCCUGUAUUGAGAUAUUUUGCCAAAUCGCAUCAUUUCUAA